CAACGAGCCAUGUCGGCCAUGAUUUAUGACUUCCUUCCUUUCCCAAAGCUGUCACUCCCAAAGCGAGUCAUCAUCGAGAACAGGAUGCUGAACGUCAUCUACUACUUAUGCCAUAUUCCCAUUGUGGCCUACAGUGUGGUUUUCUUCAUUAUGAACAUGGCGUACACAGAAGAGGUACCCAACAAUCCCUUCACUCUGAUAGAAUUGGAUCCUGUCAACGCCAAGCCAUUUAUGACCUACCAGCUGAACAACGAUCCCAGCCAGCAGAUCAUCAACUUUUGCGCGGAUGGAGAUGCUGGCACCUUUGCAGUGGAUUGCAGCCUUUCAGCUGAUGCAGCGAUUUGCGAAGAAAUGUUCGGAUCUCUGCUGAUGAUGCCCUUCACGCUCACGGUGGAUUUCUUCUGCAGCAUGAUGUGUGGCCCUUCGCAAAACAAUGGCAACCCGAAGUGCUUUUUGCCCCCCACGGCGUUGAUCGCGAAAGGGAGCCAAGAAGUGGACUUGCUGGUAGGCACAACCAUCGAUUCAGG